GUCUUCUAGGAUGGCCUUCUUAUUUCGGACGGUGGCACAAUUGACUGGCCUGUCAUUGUCUCUGCUGGGGUGGGUUUUAGCCUGUCUUACCAACUACCUGCCACAAUGGAAAAACCUCAACCUGGACUUAAAUGAGAUGGAGAACUGGACCACGGGACUCUGGCAGACCUGUGUCAUCCAGGAGGAAGCGGGCAUGCAAUGCAAGGACUUUGACUCUUUCUUGGCCUUGCCGGCCGAACUCAGGAUCUCCAGGAUUUUAAUGUUUCUGUCCAACGGACUGGGGUUGCUGGGCCUGCUGGCCGCUGGGCUUGGCCUGGACUGCCUGCGAAUUGGAGAGAGGCAGCGGGCUCUUAAGAAGCGACUGCUGAUCCUGGGAGGAGCCCUGCUCUGGACCUCGGGGCUGGUCGUCCUCGUCCCAGUCUCCUGGGUGGCCUACAUCACGGUGCAGGAGUUUUGGGAUGAGAGCAUGCCUGAGAUUGUCCCCAGGUGGGAGUUUGGGGAUGCCCUGUUUCUUGGCUGGUUCGCUGGAUUUUUCCUGAUACUCGGAGGGUCUCUGCUGAACUGUGCCGCCUGCUCAGCCCAAGCCCCUCUGGCUCCCGGCCACUAUGCAGCGGCCAAGGGGCAAGAUCAUCGUCAGCAACUGGAGAUGAGAAACACCAACCUGAAAAUCUAAGCUGGAAGCUUAUCAGUGGUACCUUAUUUAAGUGGCCUGCUCUUUCCUGGGUUGGGUAGGAGUUACAGCUAACAGUCACCCAUUCUCUAUGCUUUAUAUUGUGUAAAAAUGCACCCCCCCUACCCACCUGUGGCAAUGAGGUUUUUAAACAACUGUAAUUUCUUCUGCAGGCUGGUAAACCAUUUUUACCUUCUGCUUCGAGCCCCAAAAGCCAAUCGAGACGUAAUAGUCAUCAUACUUAUUACCGUAGAUGAGUUUUCUGUUUUAAAAUAGGCUCAGUGAUUACACAAGGCUGGUAAAUAAAACAUUCUAUUAGUCCUUAUUUAGCAUUAAUGGUGUUAUUCAUAUGGAGAUGAUGCGUGUUGGCAAUUGGAUGUUAUUGCUGAUCAUUUAUUUCUUUCAAGUGUUGGAGAUAACCUAUUAUCGCG